AUGCAGCAAAACACCAUGAUAUGGACGGCCUCGGCCGCAGCGAUCGCGACGGGUCUUUUGGCAUACGCUGUGUACUUUGACCACCAGCGCCGCACAUCUUCCGAGUUCCGCCGUCAGCUGCGCCGCAACGAGCGCAAGCAGGCGCGCGUCGAGAAGGACGGCGCCGAGGCCGCCGAGGGUCAACGCCUCGAGAUGAUCAGGCAAGCUGUCGACGAGAUCAAGCUGGCUGGCUUCCCUACUGGCGUUGAGGAGAAGGAGCAGUUCUUCAACGAGCAGGUCACCAUCGGCGAGGCCCUCGCCAAUGAUCCCUCAAAAACCAUCGAGUGUGCGCUGCACUUCUACUGCGCCCUCAAGGUCUACCCGAGCCCGGGAGACUUGAUCCCCAUUUACAACAGCAUCGUGGCCAAGCCCACUCUCGACGUCCUGGCCGAGAUGAUCGCAUACGACAAGGACCUGAAGUUGACGGCUGCCUCGGCACCGGCCGCUGCCGCCGGCAAGUCUGGACCGUUAGACGACGUCGUCGAUGUCGAUGACAUGCCUCCCGCUGCAGGUCUUGAUUAG